AUGAUUAAGAAAAUUAAAUCUAAUAUAUCGUCUUAACAAGCAAAUUAGCAAUGUAUAGUUUGCUUUGAAAAUCCUCCUGAUUCUGUAAUAAUAGAUUGUUAUCAUGGAGGUGUAUGUUAUUAAUGUUCACUUGACAUAUGGAAAAAGUCAAACGAGUGUUAUUUAUGUAGAAAAAAAAUCAAAAAAAUAGCUAAAAUCGACAUGUCUAAAAACCUUGGAAAAUAUACAGAAAUCAUUGAAAUUGCAAAUAUAUGCUUAAAAUUAAUAACUGGUGGUAAUAUAGAUCUGCAUGAAGGACAUUCCAUUUUUAUUUUCAUCCAUUCUAAUAGACACUGGCAAUGGAUUAACUGA